AAUUUUCACGAAAACGAAUCUUUUACGUGUCAAUCGCGUCUGAUGAAUGCAUUUUACUUGCUAAAUAAGCUCCUUUCAUUUUCUAUUUGUCUUUUCGGAAAAUGAAAAAGGAAAAAAAAAAAGUAAAGAGAAAACGUGGUAUAUAAAUAGACCUCCAUUUUCGAGCCUCUUCAUAGUCUUUUCAACUCUUUUCUAUAGCAGAAAAUCAACUUUGCUUCACAUUUUCGCUGCUCCGAUUACGAAAGCUUAGUUUCUACAGUUUUGUAAGUACAGUAUAUCAGACGAGUAUGGAAUCCAGCAGGGGCAACCAGAAUGGGAUUCAACAACUUUUAAGUGCAGAGCAAGAAGCUCAACACAUAGUCAAUGCUGCAAGGAGUGCCAAACAGGCUAGAUUGAAACAGGCAAAGGAUGAAGCCGAGAAGGAAAUAGCUGAAUUUCGUGCUUACAUGGAAGCAGAGUUCCAGAGAAAGGUUGAACAGACUAGCGGUGAUUCGGGUGCUAAUGUCAAACGUCUUGAUCAAGAAACGUUUGCAAAGAUCCAGAACUUGAAAGCAGAAUCCGAAAGUAUCUCCAACGAUGUUGUCCAAAUGCUUCUGAGGCAGGUAACCACAGUAAAGAACUAAGAUCGUCUCUGAGUGAUUAAGACAGUCAAGUUUAUGGUCGUAUUUGCAGAUUCAUUUGUUUAAUAAUUGUUCUCCAUUUGUGUUGUAUUUUUAUUUAUUUAUUUAUCACUAUUGGUUUUCGUGGCCUUUGUUGAAUAAAAGAAAUCAUAUACUUAUGUUCUGUAAGGACUAAUUUUCGAUAUUUAACUGUACCCACACGAUGUGUUUACAUCAAACAAAUGAAGUGAUAUGCAUUCUUACUUUGAGA